UCAUGGCUAUCUACCCAUUCUUUUUCCUCUCAGGAAGCUCCCGCGAACUUUCCUCGCAUUCAAAGAUGUCGAGAUGACUUGUCCGGCAUCGCAACUUGUACGCUACUCUCUCUUCUUUUAUGCCCCUUCCCAGCGUCACACUAUGUUCCCCCUCAGCAUACUUAUCCUGCAAUAGUCUUCUCCCUCCCCCUCCAUAAGACUCUCACGGUACUCGCCAUGGCCAGCGUGGUCAUGUCCAAAGCAGCCAGAUGGUUCUCCCCCAAACGAUCCAAGCUGAGCCUCCCCGCGGAUGCGCCGCCCGCUCCCGGGGGAAGAGAUAGGAUGGAGGUCCUGUGGGAGGUGUUUCGGCACUUCGAUCAGGACAGAGAUGGGAGGAUCUCCUGCAACGAGCUCAGGGCCUCCUUCGUGUCGAUAGGGGAGGAGAUGCCGGUGGCGGCGGCAGAGGCGGCCAUCGCGGACCUUGACUCGGACGGGGACCGGUUGUUGGACUUCGAAGACUUCGUGAGGUUGAUGGAGGAGAGGGGGGGAGGGAAGGCGGCGGAGGAGGGGGAGGAGGAGGAGCUGAGGAAGGCGUUCGAGAUGUUUGAGGCGGUGAAGGGGUCGGGGAGGAUCACGCCGCGGGGGUUGCAGCGGAUGCUGAGCCGGCUGGGGGACGAGAGGUCGAUGGAGGAGUGCAAGGCCAUGAUCCGAGCCUACGACCUCGACGGAGACGGCGAACUCGACUUCCAUGAGUUCCACCAGAUGAUGAACUAGAGACGAUCACUCGAGCACGUCGCUGCAUGGAUGCAUGCAUGCAUGCAUGCAGGCUAAACAGAGUAAUAAUACAUACACAUGUUUGAAGCCUGUGAUUUGAAUUUGAGUUUGCCUGCUACACAUCACUGCGAAACGCCGGUUAGGUACCGGAAAACAUGUUUAUGGUGAUUAGGGUUAGAAUCGAAUGAUUUCAUUUUGUGAAGAAUGAAGCUUGUUGGGGACAUAAAGGUUGUGUGUGUUCAUUUCCUCAUAUGCCGUGUAUGUAAACCCAAAUGGUAUAUGAUGAAGAUCUAAGUACUUUUGAAGCA